AUGGGCAAAUCCAAAGCCGCCAAACCAUCCAAAGCCCAGCAUCCCGCCGCCCCUCCGCCGCCACCGCCCGCCUGGCCGCCGUUCAAGCCGCCGCUGCCCGUCGUCGACCUCUUGCCGACGCCGCACCCGCGCAGCGCCAAAGUCGUCACCCUCGACGGCUUCUUCCCGCGCAGCCUGUGCCGCGCCUACGUCUCCUUCCUGUCCACGCUCGCGCUGCAGACGACGCCCGGCACGCCCCGCCGCGGCGACGCCGUGCGCGUCAACGACCGCCUGCAGGUGCGCGACGCGGCGUUUGCAGACGCCCUGUGGGCGCGCACCGGCUUGCGGGAGGCGCUGCUACGGGACGAUGUUGUGCAUUUGUGGGGUGGUGAGCCGGUUGGGCUGAGUCCGAAUAUUCGCGUCUAUCGGUACACAAAAGGACAGUUCUUUGACUGCCAUUACGACGAGUCGAACAACGUCACGCUCGAGGUCGACGCAACGCCCGUGCUGGCGCGCACGACGUGGACGCUGCUUCUGUACCUCACGUCGGCCGCCGAGGGCUGCGUCGGCGGCGAGACCGUCUUCUACCCGCACGACCGGCCGGUCGAUGCCGAGGCCAUUUCUGUGGCGCCCCAGACGGGCACGCUGCUGCUGCACAAGCACGGCGACGACUGUCUCCUGCACGAGGGCAGAGAGGUCCGCGCAGGCGAGAAAUGGGUGCUGAGAACUGACUUGUGUAUUAAGCGCUAG